GCUAUGAAUUUUGAAUUUGAGAGGGAGACUGGGUUUAUAAACAGCCAGCCUUCUCUUGCAGAGUGCCUGACGUCUUUUCCCACUGUCCUGGAGUCAUUUCAAACUUCAUCAAUCAAGGACUCGACAUUAAUUCCUCCUCCUUUUGAGCACACGAUUCCCAGCCUGAAUCCCUGCACUAACAGCCAGGCGCGACCGAGGAGCCAAAAACGGGCUGCUAAUGGCCUCCUGCUCCGAACACCGCCGCAGCAGGGCCCAAUCGCACCGGAGAGCAACAGCCCACCGGCGCCCGAGUUCCCGUGGAUGAAGGAAAAGAAAUCCUCGAAAAAGUGCCAGAAACCCGGCUAUACCACCACCUCCUCCUCCCCCUCUCCUGCGUCCUCCGGCUUUGUCGCUGCGGGACUUGAGUCUCCAACAGAGGCACAGACUGGACUGGACAAUGGAAGCGGAUCCCGGCGACUCAGGACAGCCUACACAAACACGCAGCUCCUGGAGCUGGAGAAAGAAUUCCACUUCAACAAAUAUCUCUGUCGGCCCCGUCGCGUGGAAAUAGCAGCUCUGUUGGAUCUAACCGAGAGGCAGGUCAAAGUGUGGUUCCAGAACCGCAGGAUGAAGCACAAACGCCAGACGACAUAUCACAAGGAAGGCCACGAAGGUGACCCGGGCGGGUUCGAGCCUCUGGAAGGAACGGACGCUGCCUCCCCGUACUCGAAUCAACCGCUAGAAGCGUCGGGCUCUGCAGCCUCGGAAAGUGAAACGUGCAACUCGGCCUCUUCCUAUCCGAAUAGCAAUGACAAUAACCAGCCCACUCCUGAGGAGAGCCAGUCGACCCGACAGAAGCCUGCAUCUGCCCCUGACAAAACUCCAAGGUUCCCCCUCUACCCAACGCCCACUGCAGAUAACACAGCAACAAUGGGCAACGGCUGCGCAUCUGGCUCGGAUAAUUCGUUUUCGGAGCCACAGGACGCCGCCUCGCUCGCCGAUUUGAAUUUCUUUCCUGCCGAUUCCUGCCUACAGAUUUCUGACGCUCUGUCGCCCAGUCUGCAAAGCUCCUUAGACAGCCCAGUAGAUUUCUCCGAGGAAGACUUUGACUUGUUCACGAGCACCCUCUGUACUAUAGAUUUACAACAUUUACAAUUUUAACUUGCAAAAAAGUCGAAAAAGAAGACGACAGC